AUGCGCAUGCAAAUGACGCCGUUAUCCGUACUAAGCAGUGUUGAGACCGUUGUAUACGCACCUAAAUCCGCCUUCCCUCAAACAUUUCGUCGAUUGAAUGAAGAGGAUGCGUCGGCAGCACAUCAUCCCCAUCCUCCUGUCUCGUCGGCUCCACGCUUUCAAUCCUGGACAAAUACGGUCACAGACGUCAAGCCUAGGACAGUAUGUCCACCUCGGACGCAGCAGGUGGAGCCUCCGUCCAUCGUUUCAUCCAGGAGCUCCAAGCAGCCCAAGCGUGAGCUCUAUGUGUGUCCAGAAGUCCAUUGUGGGAAGCAAUUCCCACGCUCUUUUGCACUGCGACGCCAUAUGCGCAUUCAUACGGGCACGAAGCCAUAUGUUUGUGACUAUCAAGGCUGUUCACAACGAUUUAAUACAUCGGGCAACUUAAGCCGUCACAAGCGCAUUCACAGUGGCGAACGGCCGUAUCCAUGCUGCUAUGAAAUGUGUGGCAAGCGUUUUAAUACUAGUACCAAGCUAAAACGUCACAUGCGUAUCCACUUUCCAGACGGGCAGAAUCUCUUUCGAUGUACAGAAGAAGCCUGUGCAUGGGCUUGUGAUAACUACAAAGAUUAUGUGCAACACCAGAAAUUGCAUUCUAGUGUGGCUGACGAUUUUACGAAUAUCUCGGACGAGAAUAUGAAUGGCAAUACUUUGGACAGAAAGAGCUCGAAGAACAGUGUCAUUCCGCCUAACGCAGAGCUACGACGUGGUGAAUUUUCACAGCAACUGCAGCAUUCAAUUGUGACAGAAGAUUUUUACCAAGAUGAGCGUAAUCGGAUGUUUGGAGGGGGCCCUGGUCCAUUAAUAAUGAUGCAAAAGGAGAUUCCGCACGAGCGGCAAGAAAAUGACUUUCGUCGGGAGCUGAUACCGGCAACCAAAACGUUCUCGGAUAACCGAACAUCGUCUCAAGCUACGCCACGACUUCCGUUUCCAACACGUGCCUUUCCAUCGGAGCCUACGGGUAUGCCGAGCAGCGGUCUGUUAGGCUCAUCACUUCACCCACUGACCCACUUGCCUUCACACCGCUACUAUGACGCUGCAACGGCGCCUAGUUCGGUUGAAAUGUCUACAUCGAGCAGCCCUAUGUAUGCUUCAGCGGGUUCAUUUGUGUCUGCCUCCGUCUCAUUAUCGUCAUGUAUUCGUGGUAUCGAUAAUCACGUGUUCGUGAGCUCAUACCAGCCCACAUCAACCACGACGACUUUCUUGGCCAAAUCGGAGCAGCAACACACCCAGCCAUUUCGACAAGAAGACAUUGGUCGUCAGUAUGCGAGCUCAUCGCCGCACGAUCUACGGCAACAAGCAGGUUUUGGAGGCAAUCCUGUGCCACCAGAGCUGACUGGUGAGGAGCUUAGUGCUGUAUUGGAGUUGAUGAAGGACUCCUGA